GGCGCGGCGCGGCCCGGCAGGGCGACGCGGGGUCUCGCUGGGCUUCGCCGGCCAAACCCAUGACUACGGCAAACUGCGGCGCCACCGACGAGUUCGACUUCAGGCUGAUCUUCGGGGAGGACGGGCAGCCGGGCCCCGGGCCGCCGCUGGGGCCUGCAGAUCUUGAAUCAGAUGACUGUGCAUCCAUAUACAUCUUUAAUGUAGACCAACCAUCAUCAUCUGUAAAUCAGCCAAUUUGUAUUCCUCGCCAUGGACUGCAGUCUCACUCCUCUCCUCUGUCGCCGCCUACAAGACUUCAGAGUCAUAAGAACUAUGAAGGGACUUGUGAGGUACCAGAAUCCAAAUAUAGUCCACUAGGUGGACCCAAACCCUUUGAGUGCCCUAGUAUUCAAAUUACAUCUAUUUCACCUAACUGUCAUCAAGGUAUUGAAGCCAAUGAAGACGAGCUGCACACAAAUGGCACAGAAAAUGAGUAUAUGGAAAGGCCGUCACGGGACCAUCUCUAUCUUCCUCUUGAGCCAUCAUACAGGGAAUCAUCCCUUAGUCCAAGCCCUGCCAGCAGCAUUUCUUCCAGAAGCUGGUUUUCAGAUGCUUCCUCCUGUGAAUCCAUUUCCCAUGUUUAUGAUGAUGUAGACUCAGAGCUAAAUGAAGCAGCUGCUCGAUUUACCCUUGGCUCUCCUUUGGCAUCUCCUGGUGGUUCUCCGAGAGGUCCCAGUGAUGAAUCUUGGCAACAGCCUUAUGGAUUUGGGCAUGCCUUGUCACCUAGACAGUCUCCCUGUCAUUCUCCUAGAACUAGUAUUACAGAUGAAAAUUGGCUAAGCCCUAGACCAACAUCAAGGCCCUCAUCAAGACCUACAUCCCCCUGUGGGAAACGACGACACUCCAGUGCUGAGAUUUGCUAUGCUGGUUCUCUCUCCCCUCACCACUCUCCAACUCCAUCACCUGGCCAUUCUCCCAGAGGAAGCAUAACAGAAGACACAUGGUUAAACACUUCUAUUCAUAGCGUACAAGGUCUUAAUUCCGGCCUUUCACCAUUUCAGUGUUGUACAGAGACUGACAUCCCUCUAAAAACAAGGAAGACCUCAGAGGAUCAAACUGCCACUUUAUCUGGAAAAAUUGAUCUCUGUCCUGAAGAACAGGGAAACUUAUCAUCAUCCCUUGAAACUGCAGUAGAUGACUGCUCUGGAUCUCAACACAACUUGAAAAAAGAUUUGCCUGGAGACCAAUUUCUUUCUGUUCCUUCACACUUUACUUGGAACAAACCAAAGCCUGGCCAUACCCCUAUAUUUCGCACAUCUUCAUUGCCACCUCUUGACUGGCCUUUACCAAGUCAUUAUGGGCAGUGUGAACUGAAAAUAGAAGUCCAGCCUAAAACUCAUCAUAGAGCUCACUAUGAAACAGAAGGAAGCAGAGGAGCAGUAAAAGCAUCUACUGGAGGACACCCUGUAGUGAAGCUCCUAGGCUACAAUGAAAAGCCAGUAAACCUGCAAAUGUUCAUUGGAACAGCAGAUGAUCGCUACUUAAGACCUCACGCAUUCUACCAGGUGCAUCGAAUCACUGGAAAAACAGUUGCUACAGCUAGUCAAGAGAUAAUAAUUGCCAGCACAAAAGUUUUGGAAAUUCCGCUUCUUCCUGAAAAUAAUAUGUCAGCCAGUAUCGAUUGUGCAGGUAUUCUGAAACUUCGCAAUUCAGAUAUAGAGCUCCGUAAAGGAGAGACAGAUAUUGGAAGAAAGAAUACUAGAGUGCGACUUGUGUUUCGUGUUCACAUCCCACAGCCUAGUGGAAAAGUCUUAUCUCUUCAGACUGCUUCCAUACCUGUUGAAUGCUCUCAACGAUCUGCUCAAGAACUUCCUCAGAUAGAGAAGUACAGCAUCAACAGUUGCUCAGUAAAUGGAGGCCAUGAAAUGGUGGUGACAGGAUCCAAUUUUCUUCCAGAAUCAAAAAUUAUAUUCUUUGAAAAAGGGCAAGAUGGACGACCUCAGUGGGAGGUAGAAGGGAAAAUAAUUAGGGAAAAGUGUCAAGGGGCAAACAUCGUUCUUGAAGUUCCUCCUUACCAUAACAAAACUAUUACAGCUGCAAUUCAGGUGCAGUUUUAUCUCUGCAAUGGCAAGAGGAAAAAAAGCCAGUCUCAACGUUUUACUUACACACCAGUUAUAAUGAAACAAGAGCACAGAGAUGAGGUGGAUUUGUCUACUGUUCCAUCUUUGACCCUGCCUCACACAGGCAAUGUUCAGGGCCUACAUUCUAUCCGAACUUCAUUACCUUCACCAGAUCAAGGGCAUCCACAUGAUGGCUUACUGUCUACAUCACCUAGGAGCCUUGUCUGUCCAGUUCAACCACCUUACACAGCCAUGGUGACCUCAGCAGUAUCCCACUUGUCACAUAUGCAAGGUAGAAACCUUAGUCCAAGUGAAGAGUGUCAUGUUUUGCCUCCUGCUGUGGUUCAGCCCUUUCAGGUAACAUCAGCACCUUCUGUGAGGCCUUCCUACCAGUCUAUGCAGUCUAAUGAUGUAUACAAUGGACAGUCUGGUCUUCCUAUGAACUCUGCCUCCAGCCAAGGAUUUGAUGCUAUUUCAUUUCAGCAAGAUGCACCUGUACCUCAUUUGAUAAAUCUUAGCUGCCAAGCUCUCCCACCGAUGCAAUUCCAUUCUUCAAACCCAGGUUCUGUGUCAACAUCGAGUACAGCAGGGCACCCACUAGCACACCCAGCUCAUUCAGGACAGUCAUCUUCCCGCCUACCGUCAAUUGGAUACCACUGCCCAAGCUCUGGGCAGGGCUCCAUCUCUUCUGCAAUGAGUCGAUCCCUUGGGCAGUCUUCUCCCCAGCUGCAGCAAACUCCAUACCAUUCUUCAAACCCAGCAUCUGCUUCAUCCCCAUCCCCAACAGCUUCCCAUCCUUUGGUCCAUUCACCACUGUCUGGACCAUCUUCACCCCAGCUACAACCUAUGCCUUAUCAGUCUCCUAGCUCAGGACCUGCAUCAUCUCCCCCACCAACCGCUGUAAGUCACUCGGGACAGCACUCUCCUCAAGCACAUAGUCCAGCACUGGGAGGUCGUAAUGCAGCUUCAUCCCUAGUACACCACAGCGUAUGCGAUUCAUCUCCGUUUUCACCAGAUGGGGCAGCUAUAAACAUUAAACCAGAACCCGAAGAUCGAGAAUUGAAUUUUCAAACGAUUGGACUACAAGACAUCACACUAGAUGAUGACAGUUUUAUCUCUGACCUGGAAUACCAGCCAUCAGGUUCAACAGAGAAAUGGACUCAACAUUCAGCACUCAUGUCCAACUCCUAUGUGGAAAAUCUAGAGGUGAAUGAGAUCAUAGGAAGAGAUAUGUCACAGAUCUCAGUGUCACAUGGAACAACAGUGGCCAGCCAAUCUCCACGUACAUGCCCUGGAUCGCUGGAGACGGGAACAUCUGAUGGAAUCCAGUAACAGAUAAGCUUACAACUAAGCAUCCAUGAAAGCUUCACAAUUUCUCUGAAUAUUACUUUGUCCUCUUCCUCUUUAGACUUAUUGUGCUUCCAACUCUGUGGCCUUUAUGAACUGGAACAGUGGAUCCUUGCAUAGCCCUUUUAGUGGGUUACAUUUUUGAUGUAGAGACAGAUAAUGAUAGUUCCUCAGAUGCUGUAAAAUGACUUCUUAAAAUGGACACACAGAAUCUACACCAGAUAUUUUAACUGUUCAAAAGUUACAAACAAGCUUUGCUUUUUUGCAUUUAAAUAGAAUACUUUUAUAUUGUAAGUGCUUCAAAUGUGUGAAGAUGUUUAGUUUGCUCUUAUAAUAUGCACAGUACUGAACGUGGAGAAAGAUUUAAUACACAUCUUCAGUGUGCUGCUUUCCCUUAGAGAUAGUAUAGGUAUAACCGAUUUGUAACAACUUUUGGUCAUUUUGGAAAGCCUUUAAGCUUAUAUUGUUUAAAAUUUUUUAAAUAAGAUCUUCCAGAGGCAAAUCGUACCUGUCAUCUGAAGCCAAUGCCAUGGAAGUCAUUGUGUAUACAAUACUUUAGUGUUUUCUCUCUUAGAUUCAUAGGAAGCAAAGCCAAAUGUAGAUCUGCACUUGUUUAUAAACUGAAAAUGUUACUUGAUAGGCUGCAAAAAGACCAUUCCAUCAUGGAAGUGUUGGGAUAGAAAUGACAUUCCAAAAUUUAACUUUUAUAACUUUGUGGAUAAUCUUCCUGUACUCUAUUAGCACAGGCUCCUUCUUAAAAUAGCUUUUCUUAGAAAGUUACAUUUGUAAUCAAAUUUGAGAACUAGGAUUUUAGAGUGAAGAACUGCAACAUCAAAGCCAUGAUAGAUAGGGGAAAAAAAAUAUAUAUUUGCUGAGGAUCUGAGUGUUCCUGUUAUCACUACAGAAUACUGUUUUGAAAUUACCAAUUCAGUGGCAUUCAAAUUUUCCAUGCAAUAAAUCAUUUGGUCACAUCUGUAUCUUUUAUGUGCUAUAUGCCUCAACCAUGCCACUUUGAAGUCCUAAGAUGACGACAAUUACAGUUCCUUAAGUUUAAACUGUUCAUAAGCUUUAGUCUGAUAAAACAUAAUUUACUGUGAAUUAGUGAUUAAGUAGUGUAAUUUGCCCACAUUGAAUUGUAAACGCAUGCAGCAGAAGUUACCAAAGAAAUGCACAGGAUUCAUGGCAGUGAUACACUUUGUGCUGUGUUCAAAGGAUGCAUUUCCCUUACCCAUCUAAUCUGAUAAUCUGAUGUUUACAUAGUUAUCAAAAAAAUGUCAGGCCUCUAUGAUUAGAAACCUAGGAGAGGAUCUGAAACUGCCCAUUUAGGCCAGAAACACUCCACCACCACCACCCUAAUGCCCCCUUGUCCUCCAAAGAAAUUGUAGUUUACAAAGCUGUCUGAUAUGGUUCAUACAGGGUACAACAAUACUCAAUCUCACUUUCAAAAUAGGAUGAAUCUCAAAUAUUUAAGAAUUCUUUUUAGCCCCUCAUUUGGGCAAGUCAUGAUGUUUUAAUGAAAAUAUAGAGCCAACACAUUCAAAAUUAUCAAAAAUAUAGAAAAAGUAGUUGCAUAAAAAUUAGCUCAGACAAUUGUGGGCAUUUUAAUGGCUGAACACAUGUAGAAGAUGCGCCUCUGUUCUACAGACUCUUAAAAUUACAGUAGAGCAUCUUAAAGUGGACUCUAUUAAUAAAAACACCUGUAAGAGUAAAUAUAGAUUUCUAAUAAUGCAUUUUGGCAGACAACCAGGGGUAAGCUUUACAUUGAGCCUCUUGCAGACAAAUCAUUACACCUAAACUUAAGUCAGAGUCCAAGCAAUACCAUUAAGGUAGCUACAACUACACUUCUGUAAUAGUUGAAUCAUUGACUUUUCAAAAGGCCAUAGGUAAAUUUAGAACUUUCUAUGAAUUACUUCCUUUUAAGAGUGCAACCUAAGAAUACUAUCUAGGCAGUUCAUAGUCAUUUCAAACAACUUAAUGCUAGGCCACUAUGUAUGUGCCGGGAAUCUAAGCAUCCUUUUUGUGAAUGUAUUGUUCAAUGGUGCAAAAUCUUUAAAUUUGAAAGGAAAAAAAAAUGGCAGGGCUGUAACCUGAAGAAGUGUGUUAUUGUAACUGUCCCUCAGUGAUGGUGCUUUACUCUGUCCUCUCCUCAUUUACAUUAAUGAUCCUAGAAAAGGGUUGACAUGUUCAGAAAUACAUCUACUUAUGUUUUUAAACACUUUUUAAAAAAAGCAAAACAAAAAAAAGCAAAAAACACUGUAAGAUAUGUAAUUGUUUUCAGACUGUGUGCUGGUGGCAAGGUAUGUCCCAGUUUUCAUUCAUGUACCAGGUCUUUUGCAUUAACCAUUGUUUAUAGGAGAAUUCUAACUUCAAAGCUUUUCAUACUGUAUGGGAUUUAUGCUCCUUUAUCCUACUGGUACAGACUUCUCCUUGCAAGUUCUCCAAGUAAGUAGCUGGAAUUCAUACUGUACCUAAAAUAUAGGAGUCCAAACAAUCCAGAGUUGCUAUGCACUAAAUUUUCUGAUGCCUUUAAAUACCUUGAUGCCUGUAGACAUAGAGAUGCUUUCCUAUUUAAAAGUGAAAUUAAAAAAAUAUAGCUUUGGAUACUAAAGCAGUUUUCUAUUUGCCUUGUAAAAGCUUCAGUACAAGGGUCUUAAUUUUAUUUUAGCUUGUGUGAUAAUGUAGGUGAAAGACUGUUAAUCUUGUAUAAUUUUAGUGGUAUAAAAAGCACACAAUCUAUUGGACUAUGCAAAUUUCAUGAAACAGAACCCUGCAACUGUUAAUAUUUUGUUGGCAUCCACUUUCUUGCCCUUAAGUCCUUUCUCCUCCCUGACCCCUCUUCCAGAACUUGCUACUAAUUUAGAUUAUUACCUGAAGGAAAGCCUUAAGGAUGAGGAAGCUUCUCUAUAAGGCGGGUCAAAGAUCAAUGUUAAAACAAAAAUUAAGGGGUAGUAUAGUAAUCCAUGGAGCAAAAAAGUUUUAAUUUCUGAAAUUAUUGUAAACUAGCAAUCUGAAUUUCUGUAGUAAAGCUUUCAUAUGUUAUCAGUGGAACUGCCAUCUUUUUUAAACCAAAGAAUGAAAAGAACAUGACCGUUUUGUUCUGAUGCAAACAAAGCUUUGAAAGUCUAUUUUUGAUACUCAAAAUGGAUGUCAUUCCUUGAGGUUUGGAAAUCAUUCAAAUUGAAGUUUUAUAUUUAAAAAUAUAGGACAAUAAAGAUUAAGUUCUAGAUGUUUACAGAGCCUUGUAUUGUAAUUUCAUGUACAUUUUGUAUUUUAAACUUUUUUUGUAAGUUAUGAUUGCAGUGCUACUUGCAGAAAUAAAGGGAAGAACUUGCAUCUUUAGGCUCUUAAAAUCAUAGUGUUGAAAUAAAUAAAAAGAAUGGAAA